AUGGCAUCAGUCAACCUCACGGAGAACAACCUCAAGCUGCUGAAGGCAGUCGUCACGGUCAUGAAGGGCACAAUCGACUGGGAGGAAGUCAAGGACAUCGCCGGCAUGUCCACCUCCAAGUACGCUCGCGACCAGUGGGCCAUCGUCCGCACGAAGCUUCUCGGAGCGGGUAACGAGGGCGGUGCCACCACAGCGGCAGACAAGGGCAGCAAUGGGGCCGCUACGACUACGACGACACCGAAGAAGAAGGAUGCGACUCCGAAGAAGCGCAAGGCCGCAGACGAAGGCGACGACACCGAGACCGCAAAUCUCAACAAGAAGCCAAAGAAGGCAGUCACACCCAAGCCGAAGAACACCGCCCUGAAGCCAGUCGACACCACGCCGAAGCCGACGGAAGCCACACCAGUCGCAGAAGAGGACACGGACGGAGUCAAGCGUGAGGAGGUCGAGGCGCCCAACGAGGCGGGCCGGCUGAUGGAUGAGAUGCUCGGCAUCGACCGCGCGUACUUCUAA